GUUAUCAUGCACACCUGUAUUGUUUUGACUGAUCCAGUCGCUUUGACAGCUACAACAGUGACAUUUUUUACCCCGUCCUAUUACAUUUUCUACAUCUCAAGUUUUGUUGUUUGGAAGUAGCUAGAAAGAAGGCAAAUUUUCCGUAAAAAUCGCCUUGGGCAUAGCAUGAAAAGAACAUUUCUGCGGAGCGAUAAGAAAAAUUACCGGGAAGAAGAGAACAACCAGUACUCAGUGGGUGACUUGGAUUUGAUCAAUCUAAGGCUCAAUUUGCCUACAGACUAUCCAAAGCAAGAAUCACACGACAAAGGAUCUGGAGACACAUAUUUAUCUCAUAAACUGCACUCUCACUCACAUAGAAAACCAACUUCAAACGUUUCCCCGAGAAGAACUCUGGAACAGUUCAAUCCUGGAGUCUCUCCAGCGGGAUAUGAUCGUCGCAGAACACUUCAAAAGCAAUCGGCAGAAGAAAUAGUGUUCCUUUACAGUAAGGGCGAAGAGAAAAAAGUGUUCACCACCGAACCAGUGCAAGAGGGAGAUUUUUUGUAUCCCACCACGAAAAAAAAUCAUCAUUUCAGUUCAAAAUUAGACAGCAGCAGAUCCAAUCAGAAUUUUCCUUUUAAGUUGACACCCAGUGGAAAUCUCAAAGUCGAAUCCUCACAGGUCGUUUUUUCGUCAAAAAAACUCAGCGUUCUCGUAGCCGAUCCCAAGAACACCAAAGUCAACAUCACUCCAGAACUAACCACGGAAAUAAUGGCAAACCAGGAAGUACCGAACUUUAAGAAAACCGUCACCAAUCCCAUGGAGACCAUCAUGAGCCAAGCGGGUGGAUUUAGCUCGCUGGGUUCAAUAAUCGGUACGUCACCCAUCAGGAACCCGCAGAAGGAGGGUUCAGAGUACGAGAGCAAAAGAACCAGCGAAAUACUGGACCCAGAACUGAAUUUGAACCGCUUGGGGUACACCAGCAACGAGGAGAUCAAUUGGGAGAAGGUUAAAUUGCCGGAAAAGCAGAAUUUGUACCUCGAAUUGUACCAGAGAAUAACCAAUAACACAAAUGCUGACUGUAAAGUGUAUAUUGAUAAUGAAGAGUUUAGCUGUCACUUAAUCGUGCUCCAAUGUUACUCUGAAUUAUUCGAUGCUUAUGUAGCUGUCAAAAAGGUAGAACUACCUUCAGAUAAAUGCAGUGUUGCCGCGUUUGGUUUUAUUUACGGCUGGAUGAUAACCGGAGAACCAUCAUACGUGCAUCUGGACAGACAAAACGUUCUGGAUAUAUUCGUGUCCGCGAAGUACUUAAAAAUAAAAGAUUUAGUGGAGCAAUGUUGGGCAUUUAUCGACAACAUGGACGUGUUCAACGAAGAUACGGCGUUUUUGUUGUACAUGGACGCGAAAAAACGAUCGCUUCCCGAAGUGAAGGAGCUGAUGUUGCCCAGAAUCAAGACCUUCUUCUUGAUCUUGGUCAGUUCUCAGGAAUGGCUAGACCUGGAGGUGGAGGAUGUUAGGAACUUGCUGAAAUCCAACUAUAUUUCUAUUAACUGUGAAAUGGAAGUAUUCAUGUCGGCAGUACGUUGGCUGAAGUACGACUGGCAAAAUCGGGACAAGUACAAGUACGAAGUACUGGAAUGCGUACGAUUCGGCAACAUCGCACCCUGGCAACUGGUCGACAUCAAGAGAAACCCCGAAAAUCCUGAUUUCAUGGAGCUUGCCAAAGACCUGAGAAUAUGCAAGAUGAUAGACGAUGGAUUGGCAUUCGUUAUAAUAAAGUACUGGUACGGCCAGGAAAACAGCGACUUCCAGCACUGGAACACGGUACUAGGCUUGCAGGAACCAGCCACGAGAAACUGGACCGGUCUGGAAAGGAGCUAUCUAACGUUCAGAGAGUUCCUGAUCUACCUGGAUCAGUACCGGAGGAAUCAGCUGAUCGAGAAGAACAAGCCCAAAGUUGCGGAGAAGGGCGAGAGAAAGAGCCGGGACGAAAAGUACCUCUCUCAAAGGAGUACGCCUCGAGUACCGACAAUGGAGGAAUUUCUGGCCAAAAGAAAAAGCGGAGGAACUAAAAAAGUUAACAAAGUGGUGUCUUAAUGUUUAUCCGGUGGUCUCUGGUUCAUUUGUAUUUUUUUUCUUAUAAUUUAAUUCGUGAAUAAAGCAAAUCAGAUACUGAA